UUCAAAUUAAAUAUAUUGCUUAUAAUAUAACAAUAACCUAAAUUGUUUCUGAAAAUUCUUGAUUUGAUGUGAGAUGUCGCUAAAAGCGAAGAUUUUAUAGAUGUCACUGAAUAUGAAUUGUUUGCCUUGUGUAACAAUUAAUAAUUUUAAAAUUUAUUAUUGUUAAAAUCAUUAGUAUUAGAAAUUGAUAAUUUAAAAAUUUCAUAUUUGUUACUAAAAUCAAUAAUAUUAUAUAUAUUUUUUAAUUUAUAUUAUUAAUAAAAUAUGUACGGAAGAAAAGCUUUUCAACUUAUAUUAGAAUUAGAUUCAUGCACUGAUAUAUCACAAUUUAAUGAGGCAUUAGUUAAAGAAGUUUUAGAAGAGAUGCAAUCAUUAUACAAUGCAAAUAUGGCAGAUAGCAAUGCUAUUAGGAAUGAUGAUAAUAUGGCAUUAUUACCAUCAGUACAGUUAAGACAUAUAGCAUUAACAAGAAAUAAAAGAUGUAUCUUAGCAUACAUAUAUAAUAGAAUGAGAAAAUUAAGAGAGUUACGCUGGGAAUUAGGAAGUAUUUUACCACCAGAAAUAAAUUCCAAUCUAUUAAAUGCUGAAAUUCAGUGGUUUCAAUCAUAUAAUAAGUCUUUAGCUACAUAUAUGAAAUCUUUGGGAGAAGAUUAUGGAUUUAAUUUAACAACAAAUAUCUUACCUCCAAAAACUCCUUAUGUAGAGGUAAAAUGUAUAAUGGAUUUUGGAAGAUUGGAAUUGGAAGAUGGACAAGUAAUUUUGUUAAAAAAAAAUACAUAUCAUUUAUUACCAAGAUCUAUAUGUGAACCAUUAAUACGACAGGGCAUACUUGAACAUAAUAAUAUAUGAUAUUGUUAUUUUUAUGAAAUAUUAAAAUAAAAAUUAUAAAAUAAUUAAAUACCUUGUUCCUAUACUAUAUAUAUUUAUUUAUAUAAUUUAUUUAUGAAAUAUAUAAAACAUUUGAAUUCUUUAUAUAAACGAAAUUUUCAUAUAAAAAAA